AUGUUAUUCAUCUGCCUGAUUAUCAUUCUGGUUUUACAAGCCUGUGUGCAUUUAGAUGCAGGAGGAAUAGAAGGUCUUUAUAAAGGAGGAUUGCUAUGGGACUGUUUAAUUGAGUGCAUCGAAAAGCAUUCUCCCAGUCCAAUAUGUUUGAUUGGAUUUAAACCGAUCAAUGAUGAUUGUGAAAACAGGGAAUAUGUAGACUGUGAAUUCAAGUGCUACGAAGAGGAUAUAGACAGAGCAUUGGCAGCGCGUAAGGCGAGAUUAGAAGGAAAAAACACCACCGAUUGA